GGAACUAAUCGUUGACGAUCUCGCGCCAUGGCUCGAAUGUGCUCGUAGCACUGACCACACUGACGGAAAGUAUUUAUUUUUUCUGCCCUCGUCUCGUCUUAUGAAAGUGGCUUUCACUUUACGUAUGACGUCCACUUCAUUAUACUGGUGGUAAAACUGGUUGUCCAUACAAUUCUUACAAGGCGAUCCGCGUACUAGAGGUUGCCUGGCCAGUUCGCCCUUGUCAACAUGAGUGCCAGGACGACGUCCAGGUUCGACAGCUUUGGCUACAGAUGUAUGACGUGGCUCGCCGAAAAAUUCCAAAUAGCUCAGGUAACUCUCCGUGUACUGUUUUCACGCGAUGACGAAGACAGCUUUGAGGUCCAACAACCAAGCCUCCCAGAGCCCAAAUUGUGCGACAACGUGCCCUCAAGGUGUCAUUGCAACACCGUUUGCACCCUUCCGCCGGCUGCAGAAACUGCAUUGAUGGUACUGCAAGAGGAAGUAGCAUCACUGAAGCAUCAAGUGUCAAUUCUGUUUGCUGACAGAAAUGCUCGCGUCACAGUCUCAGUGCCGCCACCGCCUCCUCCUCCUCCUCCCCCCAUGGUUUCUAUUCCUACUACGCCACAGCAUGCAAGUUCUGAAAAAAAGAACUUAGCGCGUGCUUCAAGUUCUAGAUGUGCGCAGGAAGCUCGACAAAAAAGCGCGCUCCUGGAGGUACUCAAGGACUUGGGAAAAGUGACGUUGAAGAAAGUCGAAAAGUCACCCAGUGGAACACCACUGAAAAGCAAGUCCUCUACAUGCGAGUCUCUUUCUGCCGACCCCAACACUCGGCUCACUGCGGCCCUGCGAGCCCGCUAUGCAUCGCUUCACCCUGGCGAUAGUUCAGAUGAAAGCACCACUGAACCAUGGAGCCCGGCUUCUCCCAGAUCACCUGUGCAUGUGGAUCUAUCAAAGAAGACGUCUUCCAUUGCGAAAAAGCAACAACGCUUUCACUCCUGACCUGCAGUCCCAAGCCCAGAAGGUCUCUGCUUAACGUGUGCGUGCAUGUACAAACUCCAAUGCUCAUAUUUUAUGUACAUAAAUAAAUAAUUUUAUAGUUCACAGAA